UACUACUGCAAUACCCCCCCAGUCAGUACACUAAUGCGGAAGAACAACCUCGGUGCAAACCAGGGUCCCCGCGGUCACAUCCUCUAAAAAGUGCUCCACAUCUUGCAACAGUUGACAGUUCCUAGAAACAUUACACACAUCAUUAACACAACACCGCGCAGCACGCAGCAUACCGCAGCACAAGUAGCGAUUGGAUACUCUGGUAGCAAUUGAUCAUGGCAGCAACAACGAACCCCCUCCACGGAACAUACCAGCCCACUGGCUUCUCUGUCUCUUCCGAAACCUUCACAAUUGCCGGCAUUCUCACAACUGUCCAUGGACUCUCCGAACUACCUCCUUCGACCAAAUCAGUCGCCUGCUUAUGGCUGCUACAUCCACGCCUCCAGACGAAAGAAACCAUGGCACCAAUCGCCGCCCAAGUAGUCACAGCCUGGAACAAACGAAUAACCGAGGGACGGGCUGGGAGACAUCCUACAGGCUUGAUAUGUGCUUCUUUCGAUCAGCGUAACCAUGGUUCGCGGCUUGUGGACAAACUGCAUAACGAAGCAUGGAGGCAAGGCAACCCUCGACAUGCGCAAGAUAUGUUCUCUUGCUUCCAGGGCACCGCGGCAGAUACCUCGCAGCUCCUUACCCAUAUCGAGUCCUACAUAUUCACUGCACCAGGUGGUCCAAAGAUCACACAGAAUCUUGUGUUAGGGAUCAGUUUAGGCGGACACGCGGCAUGGCAAUGCGUGCUCUCGGAUCCCCGCAUCACAUCUGCUGUUGUUGGUAUCGGCUGUCCAGAUUACACUCGCCUCAUGACGGACCGCGCACGCCUAUCCAAACGUACCACAUAUGUAGCCUCCGCUACACCUGGUUCGUCAUUCUUAGGUUCUGUCGAUUUCCCCCACGCUCUUCAAGAAGCUAUAGCGAAAUACGACCCAGCAGGUCUGCUUCUCCCCUCCUCGUUCAACCCCGCCGUCCCCGAUGCCCUGGAUCCACAGCCCGACAAGGCCAAAUUGGACAGGUGCAAGAUCGUCCUUCGAGAACGCCUGCACGGAAAGCGUAUCUUAAACCUUAGCGGUAAGGUUGAUAAGUUGGUGCCUUACGCUGCAGGGCUACCUUUCUUGAACGUGUUCAAACAGGUACUGCGCGAGGAACCGAGCUUGAACAUUCAAUUUGAAGAUGUCCUUUUUGACGGAGUUGGACACGCAUUCCCCGCCGCUAUGGCAGACAAGGCCACGGAGUGGAUAUGCGAUCUCUUAUCUCAGGACGACGACACAGUCACAAGCAAAAUAUAAGUAUCGAAUUCAAUUGAU